UAGUACGAUUAAUAUCGUUGCGUUGGAUUACCGAUUAGCCGAUUAAUUGAUAUAAUAAAAAACUAUAAUAAGAUUGUGCUUUUACAUCAAUACACAAUACACAUAUUACUAUAUUAUCACUCCUACAGUCCUACAAACAGAGCUCUCUGCUCAUUAUUUUGUAGACCAGUGAAUAGUACUGACUUACAUGUCACAUUAUUGUUACACUCGUCAAGUCUCAUUGCUCGUCAAAUCUCGUCAAAACUCGUCAAAUCACAAGCACAGCUACGUAACCACGACGUACACGGACCUAAAAUGGAUACCUCAUAUUCAAUUGUUCAUUUUUUCGACGAUGAAACAGUUGAGGCAAUCCCAUCGUUUUGGAUGAAAGGCAAGUUUUGUGCCUGGCCAAAAAAUAAUCUUUUCGUAAAAAAGUUUAUAGAAAAAAAAAUUAGAGUAAACGAAAAAGAAUUUAAACUUCUAAAAGCUAGAGUACUUACUAAAGGCAUAAAAACUGUUGAACAUGCAAGGAAAUUGGCUGAAGAAGCUAGAUAUAGAUCAGAUUUUUCUGCUGAUGAAUCAUUUAUUGAUAAAGCUUCUAAUAACCAGUAUUCUCCAACAUUAUCUAAUUCUUCUAUGCCUCUAUUUGAAGUAGAUUUUGAAAAUGAAGACCAACAUCAAUCUCAAUACACAAAAAAAGAUAAAAUUAGUAUAUCUCAGAAAAAGAUACACUGGUCACUUUCUCCUCAGGAAAAAAAGUGCUGGUCAUCUCCUAAGAAGAAAAAAGGCUGGUCACCUUCUCCUCAGAAAUUGAAACUGGCAAAAACUCAACCAAUUAUGUCAAAUUCUAAAUUGUCAUUGAAAUCAACAUCCCGUGAAGUGCUUAAAGUUUCAAUCAAUAAACAGUUUCAACAUAACCAAGAUGAUAACGAACAAACUCCAAGCCGUGUACUAAAAAAAAAAAAUAUAGAUAUUAAAAAUCCAGUGUCAAGAAAAAUUUUAUUUGACAAUAAAUCAGAUGAUGAUGAAAGUGAAAUUUUAAAUGAUGACACUGAAAAUGAUAAUCUUAACGAACUAUUUUUGAAUAAAGCAAUAGGACACAAUACCAAUAAUGGUACCACAAAAGAAAAAGGUUUGGCUAUAUGUAGUACUAUACCUAAUCUAACAGAAAUUGAUCAUAAUAAUAAAAAUGAUUUAUUGCAAUCUCAAAAUCAUAUAUUAAGACAUAUAACAUUUUUAAAAUAUGAGUUGAAACAAAUUUUAAACAAUCAAGCAAUAAUACUCGAUAAAUUUGACCAUAUGGAAAAAUAUUUUGAUCAAAAUUCAUUGAAUAAGAAUGUUAUAAAUAUUGAUAAUGUGGUCGACUUUAGUGACUGUCCUUUACCAAUCGAUAACAUCUAUGAUUUACAAACAUUUGAAGACAAGAUAGCUGGUGAUCAAAAUUAUAAAAAUCAAUUAAUCAUUGAACUAUCUCAUAUGGGAGGAAAAAAUGUAAAAUCAGUUGUCAAAAGACUUAUGUCAAAACUUUUUUCUGAUAGUUUGCUAUCAGAGUUCUCCUAUACUGGUAAAAAAGGAAAAAAAAAAAUUUCAAGUUUAUUCAUAUGUUCUGUUAUUUUUGAUGCAAUUAAAAAGCAAAUUAAAUUCAAAACUACUCCACUCAAUGAAGUUGAAGAUAUAAUAAAAUACAUUUUAGCUCAAUCUCCAUUUAACUUAAAAAGACAACUUAAAAAAAAAAAAACUCUUCCUAAUUCCAUUUAA